GGAAUAUCGUAAAGCGCCAUAUCUAACCGGUGCGUUGCGUACUGAUAAGAGAUCGAGUGUAACACGUUUAAAGCUUAUUUUCUGAGGAUAUCUGUCAGUCAUCACAAUUUUGAUGGUUAAGGACUAGUGAGUAAGUACAAUAAUGUUUGAAGACGCCCCUCCUACAAAAAAAUGGAACAACUGUCUAUACAACAACCGUGGACUACCUGAUAACUAUGUCGAUUCAGAUUUCUUGUCCGAAUUAAAAGAAAACUUGUUUCUACCCAAACUUCGAGCACGUAAUGUUAUAAUUGCUGCUGGUAGCAUUUAUCAACAACUCUGUUGCUUAUCUUUGUUCGUAGUUAUUUAUUUUUAUUUACUGUUCAGUUGGAUUUCUCCCCAGUACCUCAAUACUUGUCUAUUUUUUCUCAUAACUGUUGGAUAUGGAAUGUUUUGGUUAAUGAAAGAAGCAAAUGAAAGACAGUUUCAUAAAGUUAUACCUGAGGUCAAAUCAGGUGUAGUAUUUUUCACAUUCUGCUUUCUGCUUGCGCCUGUUCUACAUUCCCUUCUGUCAAGCGUAAGCACAGACUCUAUAUACGCUCUGUGUACUUUUUUCCUUCUCGUAUAUUGGACAUGUUUUGAUUACAAGACUCACUGGGAAGGACAUCCUCGAAAGCCUGGAUCUAAUACAAUCUCUCUGAGUUCUGCUCUGUUAGCUGCUCUCUGCUUAGCUAGUCGUUUGCCAGGCCCUUAUCAUACUUUUGCAUUGCUCUCCGCUGCUGUCACUUUGUUGGCAUUGUGGCCAGCACUAACUAGAAGGUUUCGCAACUAUGGAGGUGACCGAGCACAAAUAUGCUUAACUAUAUUAUCUGGUUCUAUAACUCUUCUGAGUGUUUGGCCGAUAGUUUACAAUGAAGUAUCGUUUGAAUACAGAUGCAUCUUUCUUUGCGUACUCGUAACGUUGACUCUUUGUAUUAAUUUCGCUGGACCGUGUUAUUUAUUAAGAAUGCAAAAAAUUAAAAGGACUAUCCAUGGACCGUGGGAUGAAGCUGUUAUUGAAUAAAACUUUGUACAGAGAAAACAUUAUUUAAUUAAUAUAUACAUGACUGCUUUUACAUGACUUUCAAAACCCCUUGCUGAGAAGAAAUUUAGCCACCUCUUCUUGGAAUAAUCCUUCGAUUUUUAUACAACGUGUUACUUCAUCUACUUGGCAGAGAAACAGUCCAGCUUCACAUUUCGGUUGAAGAAGCGUCCGAAGAUCAUCAGCCAAAGCCUAUAAUAUAAUAAAAAAUGUUAUUAUUCUUUUCCAAACAUACAAAUAGACCAGAAUUCACUUCCACUUCCUAAACCUAUCUUCGAAUACAUGAUUUCUUAAUUUUACAGUAAUUUGGUUGACUUAAUGUUUUACAUGAAGGUGUUUCUUCAGAGAACCACCGGAUACUAAGGAG